AUGCUGUAGGCAGAUCAAAGCCACCAGGCCUUCCACAGAUCUGUUGGCCUGUGGCUGUUUAUAAGCAGCUCUUCUUCACUACCGGUGCUGAUUGCUCUGAUUAUCGAAGCACACACUCAGAGCUCAAGCUCAUCGCAACGGAGCCUCUUUUAUCUCCACGCCCUACAGAGUACACAAAAUUCGUAAUCACAUCGACAGAGAAGGCACAAGAGCCCUACAGCGCUGAGCAGCAGUACCCACGGAAAGAACCCUCUUCGCUUUACAGAACACUUACACAUGUCAGGUUCCCUGGUAGAAGACCUGGACGGCUCCAGCACAGCGCUCACGCCGUCGUACAUCGUUGAAAGGCUUUCUGGCUUGACACAUGGGCUGGACGCCACCGUUGACUUGGAGGCCGUGGCACAGCGGGUAUGCUCUGCUGUGCCAGAUAGCAUCACCACUGACCAGCUGGUGGAGCUCACGUCGGAGACGUUGGCCACGAUGAACACGAUACACCCGAACCACUCUGUACUGGCCGCAAGGUUUACGCUCCAGCACACGAGGACGAAGAUACCGGGGACGUUUAGUGAGAACUGUGAAAGGUUGUAUCGCUAUACAAACCCCAGGACGAAGAAGCACUCGCCAUUAAUCUCGGAAGAGCUGUAUAGUCUCUCGAAACUACACGCUGAGGUGAUAGAUAGGGCUAUUGUUGAGGCCAGGGAUGACGAUUACAACUACUUUGCUAUCAUGACUUUGCAAAAGUCAUAUUUCCUGAAGGUUGAUGCGUUGAUAGCUGAAACACCUCAGUUUAUGUUUAUGCGUGUCAGCUUGGGGAUACAUGGUAAGGACAUAGAGUCUGCUGUCCAGACCUAUGACAUGAUGUCCCAGAGGUUAUUUACACACGCGUCUCCGACGUUGUUCAACUCAGGAACGCCUAUGCCGUUCUUGUCCUCGUGCUUCCUCUUGGGGAUAAUGGACGACUCAAUAGAUGGGAUAUACAAAUCCUUACAUAAAUGUGCACUCAUUUCGAAGGCUGCUGGUGGCUUGGGGAUACACGCCUCAAAUAUAAGGGCCCAGGGAUCCUAUAUCGCUGGUACAAAUGGCACUUCCAAUGGAAUAGUUCCAAUGUUGAGAGUGUUUAACAAUACAGCCAGGUAUGUGGAUCAAGGUGGGAAUAAGAGGCCAGGGGCCUUUGCAAUAUACUUGGAACCAUGGCAUGCUGAUGUCUUUGAGUUCCUGGAUCUUCGGAAGAACCAUGGGAAGGAGGAACUGCGAGCAAGAGAUCUGUUCUAUGCCUUGUGGAUACCUGAUUUGUUUAUGGAAAAAGUGCAAAAUAAUGAAGAAUGGAAUCUCUUCUCUCCUGAUCAGGCAAGAGGACUCAAUGAGACGUAUGGAGAUGACUUCAAGAGGUUGUAUGAGAAGUACAGCGAGGAAGGCCUUGCUAUGAAAACCGUCAAAGCACAGAGGCUCUGGAACGCCAUUUUAGAGAGCCAAGUGGAAACUGGUGGGCCAUUCAUGCUUUAUAAGGACGCUUGUAACAAGAAGAGCAACCAAAAAAACUUGGGAACAAUCAAAUCUUCAAACCUAUGCUGUGAAAUUGUUCAGUAUAGUUCUGCAGAAGAAAUUGCUGUUUGUAAUCUAGCUUCCGUGGCUUUGCCGUCAUUUGUUGAGACAGUUGAUGAAUCUGUGUGGAUGAAUUAUAGCAAGCUCCACGAGGUUGUCAAAGUGAUUACGAGGAAUUUAAACAAAGUCAUUGAUGUUGGAAUGUACCCCUUGGAGGAGGCAAAGACCAGCAAUUUGAAAAAUAGACCAAUGGCAAUUGGGGUGCAAGGUUUAGCAGAUCUGUUCAUGGAGUUACGUUUGCCCUUUGAGUCCGAAGACGCUAAAAAGUUGAAUAUCAACAUCUUUGAAACUAUAUAUCACGCUGCCUUGGAAGCCUCAAUAGAGCUCGCUAAAGAGUAUGGACCCUAUAAGAGUUAUGAAGGGUCACCAGCUUCAAAGGGGAUUUUGCAAUUCGAUAUGUGGAAUCAUAACCCUUCGAACAUGUACGAUUGGGACUUGAUGAAAGAUGAUAUAAAACGCUAUGGACUAAGGAACUCUUUAUUGGUGGGACCAAUGCCUACAGCAUCGACCUCACAGAUCUUGGGGUUCAAUGAGUGCUUCGAGCCAAUAACUUCGAAUAUAUACACUCGAAGGGUACUCUCCGGCGAGUUCCAAGUGGUUAACAGAUACUUGGUGAAUGAUCUUAUCGAGCUUGGGUUAUGGGACCAGGAUAUGAAGAAUCGAAUUGUCGACGACGAAGGUUCCAUCCAGAACAUUGACAUCAUUCCACAGACUUUGAAAGAGCUGUACAAGACCGUAUGGGAGAUCCCUCAGCGCACAGUAAUUGACCUCGCGGUCGACCGUGCGCCUUUCAUCGACCAAUCCCAAUCCAUGAACAUUUACAUGAGAAGUCCCACUGUUGGGAAGCUAACCUCCAUGCACUUCUACGGAUGGAAAAAGGGACUCAAGACAGGGAUGUACUAUCUCAGAACAAUGGCAGCAUCGUCAGCGAUAAAAUUCACCAUUGACAGGAGCUUGGUAUCUAACGAACGACAAUUCAAGGGCUCACCCUCGUUGAGUAAGAGGGUAUACUCGCCCUCCAGAUCACGACCUCAGCUGCCGGUCAAAAGGUUCCAAUUGAGGUCUCUAACCGCAUCACCGGAAAGUGAGGGCAGUAACGUGGCUUCCUACAAUGAAACUGGCACUCCUCUCAGUUGCAAACUGGACCUUCUCAACGACGACGAUUCGGUAUGUGAUAGCUGUUCUGGCUGACAGAGUUCUCGGUAUGACGUAUGCUACUCUGGUUACGCGUAUGCUACUCUGGUUACGCGUAUGCUACUUUGGUUACGCGUCGACAGAUAAGCAGUUAGAGCCCUUAUCAGCAGAUUAGGUACGGGCAACAAAACAUGUCUCGAGAAGGGGAAGAGGCAC